AUGGGAAGUAUGUGGGGUGCAGUGGUAGGACUUACGGGCGGAAUCGCGACGGGGAAAUCGACGGUGUCGAAGCUGGUGGGGGAAGCGGGGAUCCCGAUCAUCGACGCGGACGUCCUGGCGCGCAAAGUCGUUGAGCCGGGGACGCGCACGCUGAAGCGCAUCGUCGCGGAAUUCGGGGCGGACAUACUGCUCGCGGACGGGCAGCUGGACCGGAAGAAGCUGGGGGCGAUUGUGUUUGGGGACGAGGGGAAGCGGCGUGCGCUGAAUGGGAUCGUGCACCCGGCUGUGCGGUGGGAGAUGUUUGUGGGGGUGGUGAAGUGCUGGAUACGAGGGCACCGGGUGUGUGUGCUGGAUGUGCCGCUGCUGAUUGAGGGGGGGCUGUGGAAGUGGGUGGGCAAGGUCGCUGUGGUGUACUGCCCGCGGGAGGUGCAGCUGCAGCGGCUGAUGAGGCGGGACUCGAGCACGGAGGCGGAAGCACUGGCGCGGCUGAACUCGCAGCUGUCAAUCGAGGAAAAGGUUGGGUACGCAGACUACGUGGUGGACAACAGCGGGGAAAUGGGUGCGUUGGAGGGGCAGGUAUCUCGAUUUGUGAGUGAGAUUGAGGGAGGAGGGUGGGUAUGGGUACCCCCGAUCUGCUCAUGGCUGCGAAGAUCCCACCCUCGAUCAGCGACGCGGGGCUAG